GGGGGCGGAGCCAGCCCCGCCCCGCCCCGCCCCCCCCGGGCCGUACCACGUCCGUGGCGCGGGGGGGGCCGUGGCGGGAUGGCGGCGCCCCGCGCCGUGCUGCUGCUGAGCGGCAAGAGGAAGUCGGGGAAGGACUUCGUGGCCGAGCAGCUCCGCAGCCGGCUGGGCCCCGCCGUGUGCUGCGUCCUGCGCCUCUCCGCGCCGCUCAAGGAGCGCUACGCAGAGGAGCAUGGCCUGGACUUCCAGCGGCUCCUGGACGCCAGCGCCUACAAGGAGCUGUACCGGCAGGACAUGAUCCGCUGGGGCGAGGAGAAGCGCCGUGCUGACCCCGGCUUCUUCUGCAGGACGGUGGUGGAGGGGGUGGCGCAGCCGGUGUGGGUGGUGAGCGACACACGGCGCCUCUCGGACGUGGAGUGGUUCCGGGACGUCUACGGGGACGUGGUGCAGACCGUGCGGGUCGUGGCCUCCGAGGAGACGAGGAAGAGGAGGAACUGGGUCUUCGUGGCGGGGGUGGACGACGCCGAGUCUGAGUGCGGCCUGGACCAGGGAGUGGCCUUCGACUGGGUGAUCACCAACGACGGGGACGAGCUGUCCCUGGACGGGCAGCUGGAAGCGCUGCUGCAGUCCGUCCGCAGCCGGCUGUAGCUCCCACAUGGGAUUUGGGGGGCACGCGGCUGUUCAGAGCCGCUCACACAGGGCCUCAUCCUUCCUGGGGGCUUUACCCUGCGUGGGGAGCAUCGUGGGGGCCACCUGUGGAUCCCCAGUCGUGGUGCUGGGGAGGAGGAGACUGGGGGGAGGCAGCCAGCCCCCCCAGCACCUCCAUCCCCUUCACCCACACCCCGCAGGGGCUGUGCCUUCCCCCAGGGGUGAGGGGCUGCUGCUGCUCAGUGACCCUCAGCUGUGGCUCGGGGACCGUGUCCUGCGUCCCGUGUCCCCUGCGAGCCCAGCGGCGCUUCCCAGUUUGCCUCUCCUGUCCGGGCUGGGGGCGAUGCCUGCACUGGAAUAAAGCUCUGACGCUGAGAAACA